AAUUGCGUCAUGACAUGUGAAACCCCCUUUGGUUACAGUUUUGAAACUACGGUGUCGCCUUCAAUACCUACGUAUUGAAAAUGAAAGUUUGUGAAGGGAUAAGAUGAAAAGUCCCAUAUUGUAAGAAUAAAUUAAAUUUAAAGCGGAAAAGCGGAUAUCUGCAACGCAAAGAUACACAUCUUUCUAGAAUCGUUCAAAGACACCUCGCAUUGUUUCCAAAAAUUGGGAAAAUGGUCAUUAAAACAUUUCUGUGUUGCUUCAGUAUCUACGAAGGAUCGUGGGUUUGCGGGUUAUGCAGCUUGUUGAUCGGGUCGGCGAGAGUUUAUCUUGAGAAGUUCAAUUUGGAGUUUCGCCAGCGGAUGACAUCAGAAGCGAAAAGCCGUCUAUCGAUCAACUUUAAAACUCUCCAGUUCAUAACAAUACUUCAGUUGUCUGUGGCAGCGGUGUCUAUUGUGGUGUCACUGUUGAUGCUGUUUGGUCUACUUAAGCGUCUGAAGUGGCUGCUGUGUCCCUGGUUGGCGUGGGUCUUGAUUGAGGAGCUUUGUUCCAUCUGUGUGAUCUUAUUUUAUGUGUUUUAUGAUGUCAAGCUGAAAUGUUCCGUCUACAUAUCGGAAACAAUCACAUUUGUCAUCGCUAUUUAUUUCAUGAUGUGUGUUUUCUCCUACUUUAAAUUUCUGAGACAACAAGACAUCGUCACUGAUGAGUACCGCACAGCAGUCCAACUCAAUUAUGAGCCGAAAGUUGAUGAAAAUAGCCCUCUUCUCAACAGACCUAUCUGAGGAGGACCAUGGAACACCAAAAGUUCAUAUGGAAAACCAGGAUCACUUCCAUCAAAUGUACAAUUUGUUUACCUUGUCUGAAUCAAGAUAAUUACACAAAAUAAAAUAAAAUACAAUUAUAAAAAAUGUUCAUAUUCUCAGGGCUCAGAAAUUUUAUAACAACUGUUUAGUCUGAAGAUAGGGAAUGUCUUUUCUCAGUUUUAUUUUUUUGCACCAAAUUAACUUAAGGAGGAUGACACAAAUGAAGUUAUGGCCAUUAUUGAUAUCCUCUAUGUUUGUUAAGGCUUAGGUUGUUUUCUUUCAAAGCUUAAACAAACAUAGUGGAAAAAGUAGUUACUGUAACAAAUACUUACAAACAAAUUAAAAUCAGUUACUACACUCUAUGAAAACCCCACAUUAUGUGCAAAAAUGGGACUUGCAUAGUACAUUUUUCUAUACAAAAUGCUGAUUUGAGGUUCGUAAAAAGCUUGGUAUCAUAAUGUAAUAUCAGCAAAAAAAAGUACUUUUAAAGAUUACUAUUCAAUAGAAUUAGGUUGGUUACUUAACCUAAUGAAAUGCAAUAAUAGAAGAAUCUUUCUAUCUUAUGAAAGAGUAAAACAUCAAAAGUCAAAUAAAUUAUCAGAUUUGUUUUAAACUUGUCAUCUAUUGAUACUAAAGUGAGUUAAAUGAGUAUACUGGUAACUGGUGUUUUUAUCAAACAUUGUUACAAUUCAAAUAUUUUCUUGUUCAAAAUUUUUAAAAUCAGUUUUAAUCUUAGUUUUCCUUUGUCUUAGACUGUGAUA